ACCACCAGAACCGACUUACUCCUUAUAGCCCCCCCCCCUCUCCUGCCUCGCUCCUUCUGUUUUCUCCCCCCUCACCCUCUCUCUCCUGCUUGCUUGGUUUUCCUUCGCCACCAAGUUUUAGCUGCUCAGUUCUUUUUCUCCUCUCUUCCUCGUGCUUGUUGACGAUGAUGAAUAUGGUGCCCUGGCCACAGGAAGUCGGAGCUAAGCCCCUGGAGGAGAUGGUGUCGCCUUCGUCAUGCUCAUCAAGAUCAAUGCCAGAGAGAAAGGCGAAGCCCCAGAGGGAGCAAGCCUUGAACUGCCCAAGGUGCAGCUCCACCAACACCAAAUUCUGCUACUACAACAACUACAGCCUCUCCCAGCCCCGCUACUUCUGCAAGACCUGCAGAAGGUACUGGACGGAAGGUGGUUCUCUGCGGAACGUGCCCGUUGGCGGCGGAUCCAGAAAGAACAAGAGAUCAAUUACCAAGAAGCUCCCCGAUAUCCAUUCACCCAUUAUUUCCGACCCCUUCUCGCACACCAAUGUUGAUGACGGCAAGGAGGUCAACUUGGCAUUCCCCAUUCCACGGGACUGCCACUCUCACCCCACCAAGGCACUGCCUUCUUCUGAACUUCUUGAUUAUGGAAACCCAGCUUCUUCUUCUUCCUCCUCCUCUGCUCUCUCAGCUUUGGAUUUGAUGAAAAGUGAGCUUCCUCCUAGAAGUUUAGGGUCUUUAACGUCAAUCCAAGAUGCCAACUUCUAUGGCCUUCCCGGUUUUGGCUUGCAUGAUCUCAGGAGCAGCAUGGGUAUCGAGGGGUUCAGCGGAAGUGGGAAUUUUCAAGAUACUCAAGACAACGGAAAGCUGGGCUUCUCUUUUGAAGAUCUGAGGCAACCUUCUCAUGUGGAAUCAGAUCAGAAUGCUGCCCAAGCAGUUGGAGGAUCUGCAUAUUGGAAUGGGAUUUUUGGAGGGGCACCAUGGUCCCAGGUAGCAAAUUAUGGGCUUUAUGAGAGUUCUAGACUGACUCUGCCAUGACCAUGUUGUUGAUGGUCACGUUCAUGCUGUUGGAUAUGGCCAUGGUGGUAACUGAUAUUAACAUGGAAAAUAGGAAGUGCCCACUAGUUUUCUUCUCUUUUUCAUUUUUUUUUUCCUAAUAUUAACAUUUGAAGCUUCUUUUAGGUUGGCUUCUUAUAAGUAUGUCGGUUUCUUGGCUAUGUUGAUUUUGGGGUGUCUUGGGAUGAAGGCGGGGCAAAUGCUGUUGACAUUGCCCAGGUUUUUUGUUUCACGGUAGGAAUAUUUAGAUCCUUCCAUGGUGAUGGAAUGUAGGAGUUCUAACUCUUUGAAAGAUGGGAAGGACAGUGACGAACAGAAGCAAGAAAGUGAAAUUGAAACUUAGUACAUGUCUGUGGAUUGCGAAUAAUUUGUUGUACCCACUAUCUGAAAGCCUGCAUUUGUUUGUUUCUUUAUGAAGCGUUCAUUCAAGAGAAUAUAAUGCGAUUUCUCUC